UGUUGAACCGCCAUCUGCAUCCACAAUCAAGGGACCACACACCAUGGCUACAGCGAGGACAGCCCUUCUGCGCUCGAGCAGGCACUUCGCACCAACUCACGAAUUUCUCGUUGCGGCGUUGUGCCAGCCGAGUCGGCGAUGCUUGUCGACGACAACAACACGCCGUCAAGCUGGCCCUGCCGCUCCGGCGUCGACCCAACCUAAGUCUUCGAAGCGCAAGCCCUUGACGAAGGAGCAACGGGAGUUCCUGGCCUCUGCUCUCCGUGUCAACCAAGCCGGCGAGCUGGCAGCCACCCUCAUCUACACAGCACAGAAACCACCCAUCGUCCGAGCACAUCCACACCUUCGGCCACUGAUGGAGCACAUGUACGACCAGGAAGCCGCCCACCUCAAGACCUUCAACGCGCUGAUUGCCAAGCACCGCGUCCGCCCGACAGCUCUAUACCCACUGUGGUCCUUGAUGGCCACGGGCCUGGGCUGGAGCACCGCCGUUAUGGGCCGCGAGGCAGCUAUGGCGUGUACGGAGGCGGUCGAGACCGAGAUUGGCGGACACUACAAUAGCCAGAUCCGGACGUUGCUUGAGAUGUUUGAGCAGUGGGAGUCCGAGGGCUAUGAAGUCGGCGACGAGCUGAGGGAGCUGUGCGGCACACUGCGGCGCAUCAGGGAUGAGGAGCUUGAGCAUCUCGACCAUGCUGUCGAGCAUGACGCCAAGAAGGCGGAGCCGCAUUGGUUGCUUACCGGAGUGAUUCGGGCGGGCUGCCGCGGUGCCAUCUGGGCCAGCGAGCGGAUAUAGCGGAACUGCUGUGCAUUAUGGCAGGCCUGUAACGAUAGGUCGUCAGGUUCGCCUGGGACAAGACAUGUGAUUUUUACUGUACAUUCAACUUGUAGCAUACUCCAGAAACCCUCGUUCCUGGUGGGAGCCAGGUGCGAGUGGUCUUUUGUACAAUAGAACUCCGGCCACUGUUGCCCCAAAUUCAAGAUGGUGUAUGCACAAAGGCGGACUGUCGCUAUUGGCUGACAUACUUCCAGCUUGAAAUCUCACAAAGACAGAAGACAAAAGCGGAACCUGGUUGACACCCCUCACAGCCGUCGCUAUGUACCUGGGUAAAGGAGCAUCUGAAUGACAAUCCCAAUUGCGGACCUUCGUCUUCUGGAAUACAGUCUCGUUUCUGCAAGCCACGCUGCAGGUUUCGUUCCAUCAUGUAGUGAGCACUCCAUUGGAGUCACCGGCCAGCCGGUUGUCUUCGGAGUAAGCCAGGGAUAUCAUGCUGCAGG